AAUCCGUUCAUUCAUUGAGUGAUACAUUAGUUUUGCUUUGUUUGUCAUUUCAGUUAUCAUUGUAUUAAUGAAUGUGUGAUUAAUUAAUAAGUUUUCAUAGUAUUUGAGUUUAUUUACACCACAAGUGUUAAUCAAAUCUAAAUACAAAUCAAACCAAUAGUGAAGUGAUGUCUAUAUUAGAGAAGUUAAGUGAACAGCAGUUGACUCGACAGCCCGAAGAGGUCUUCGACAUACUCUGCAAAUUAGGCGAGGGUUCGUAUGGAUCGGUAUAUAAGGCGCUGCACAAGGAGUCGGGUCAGGUGCUGGCCAUCAAACAGGUGCCCGUCGAGAGUGACUUAGGUGAAAUCAUAAAAGAGAUAUCAAUUAUGCAACAGUGCGACAGUCCAUACGUUGUCCGAUACUAUGGAAGUUAUUUCAAAGAGCGAAAGUCAUCAACAUUUGAAUUCAUUAAAGGUUCCGAUCUGUGGAUUGUGAUGGAGUACUGCGGCGGGGGUUCCGUGUCUGACAUCAUGCGCAUGAGGAAGAAGACACUCACCGAAGACGAGAUCUCAACCAUACUUAGGGAUACACUCCUCGGACUCGAAUACCUUCACCAGAGAAGGAAAAUACACCGCGAUAUCAAAGCCGGCAAUAUAUUACUUAAUAGUGAAGGACACGCUAAGCUUGCCGAUUUUGGAGUUGCGGGUCAACUGACGGACACAAUGGCCAAACGAAAUACAGUAAUCGGAACGCCGUUCUGGAUGGCGCCCGAAGUUAUACAGGAAAUUGGUUACGACUGUCUCGCAGACAUUUGGAGCUUAGGAAUAACUGCGUUAGAGAUGGCCGAAGGAAAGCCCCCUUACGGUGACAUCCAUCCAAUGCGUGCCAUAUUCAUGAUCCCAACGAAACCUCCGCCGUCUUUCCGAGACCCCGACCGGUGGUCCUCAGAGUUCAUCGAUUUUGUACAGAAAUGUUUGGUUAAGAAUCCGGAACAGAGAUCCACUGCAAGUCUAUUACUGCAACACGAGUUCAUACUGAGAGCACCGCCCGUCUCCAUACUGCAGCAGAUGAUACAGGAGGCGCGCAUGAUAUUGCAGGAGUCCAGUACACGCGAUGACUUAGAUGAUAGUAUAGACUCGUCGACAAUGAUUCCCUCAUCAAAAGAUACGACACUAAAGCCAUUAAUGGAUCAAACGAUCACUUCAUCGACGACUAAGACUAAUACGACCACAUCUGAUGUGGAGUCAGAUUUGGGAACUUUGAUCAUCAAUGAUGGGUCCGAUAGUGACGAUAUGGAUAAGACAUUAAAGCCGGCAUAUCUUCAACACUUUGAGCGCAAUGAGUAUAAACUGGUCAAUAAUUCAAAUACUGAUGGCGUAAACAUAGAGUCUUCGCCGCAAACUAAUCAAUCAAAUGUCGCGCAAACCAUCCGAGAGUUGAAUUCAGGUGAUGUGAACACCAAUAAUAAUAAUCAUUUCCCACAAGAAAACAAUUACUCAAAUGUGACGACAAGUGGACAGCCGGUGUCACCACAACACCAACAAUCACCACAUCAUCCAUUCGUAGGACAAUCGCCACAACCAAACCCCAUGUCUUCCCCGUAUAAUCCCAUGUCGAGAGCCAUUCUGCUUGAGGGCGACUUCGAGUUCUUGAGAUACCUGUCCACCGAUGAGCUCAGGAGUCGAAUGGCUAACUUAGACGUCGAGAUGGAGGCCGAGAUCGAGGAGUUGCGGCGCCGGUAUGCCGCCAAACGGCAGCCUAUACUCGACGCGAUGGACAAUAAGAAGAAAAAGCAACAAAACUUUUGAAACAUUGAGUCAUUUAUUGAAUUUAUAAUUAUUAUUAUAAUUUUUAGGAGUAAUUUGUUUCGUAACUAAUGAUAGAAUUAUAUUUAAUGCGCGAAACACUCUUUGGUCUCAUUUUAUACACAAAGUAUACGAUAAGACGAGAUCUGAAUCCAA